AGUGGCGAUUAGUACUGAUAGAUUCCUCAGUUGCCCAUAAUUUAUCUUGCUUCGUAGACCCCGCGCCACUCUCCGACCAGCCACCCUGCCACCGCGAAAAGAACAGCGACUGCAUAAUGUUACUAUCCCUGUUCUGAGUAUCACCCAUCAAGUUUCCAUUUGCUCAAGCCAGUCCCUUUGCUCAAGCCAGUCCCUUUGCUCAAGCCAAACUCUCUUCUUAGCCCACUGCAGUAUCCUCUCGGCAGAGAUCCCGAUUCCGGGUCAGAGUCCGUCCUCAUGGCAGCAGUAGCAGCGAGUAAGCAGAACUUCCGUAAGCGCUGGAGUUUACCAUGGUCGUCGCUGCUCUUUGAGGAUAGCACCGUCGCUGCCCACGCGACGACGGUUCUCCUCGAAUCCGACGCCUCUCCGGGACCUCGAAUCCCCCUCAAGAAAAGACGAGCUGCGCUUCUAUCGCGGCUCGCCUGUGCAGCUCUGUCAGCGACCGUCCUCGUUAUAGUCAUGCUAGUCGCAGUGGGAAAAGGAUACCUAUUUCCCGCUACUCCCGUUCCGCUACGCCACGCGACCCACACGACGGAGGAGACGAGCUUCGGGAUGAGCAGCGCGAGCGUGUUGUCCACUCACAGCGUGCCACGUAUCUUCCUGUAUCGCAUGAUCGGGAACGACAUGCCGCCGUUACAAUGCGAGGGCCAGCUGUACAACAACUUACAGUACACGCUGCAGUACGAGCCGAAGCACCUGCCCGGGUGCCGGCGCCUGUGGGUGCUGAACAAUAUAGUGAACAGCACUGUAGAGAGGAUGACGCUGGACCUGCUGCUCAACCACGGCUACACAAUGGACGACAUCCUAGUGUUUCGCAUUAACUACACCCGCCUCGCCUCCCUGCGGGAGGAUCAAUGGCUGGAAGCGGUGACAGAGCUGAAUGAGGUGCGCAACUACAUGAUCGAGCACGGCAUAGCGCACGGUGCGCGGUGGGUGCUGCCGCUGGACGGCAACCACUUCUUCACGGCCGAGAUGUGGGGGUUCAUCCUCGCUGCUGCCGCCCGCCACGAGGCUGCGGGGAAAAAGAACCUCAAGAUCCCAGUGGCGAAGGUGGACGGCCCCCAGUCGCCCCAGUGGCUCAACGGCAGCACGCUCUACCGGGACCUGCAGCCCCACGCGCCCCUCCAGUGGGAGGGACACUUGGGCUUCCGAAACGACUCCCCCCACCGCUUCCACCCAGGUCUGGGGUACGGGCGGCGGUGCAAGCUGGAGGCGAUGGACCGCAUCUGCGGCACGGGGCUCUACUUCACGUGGCACGAGGCGUUCCGCUCCCUGGGGCUGCUGGAGUUCUACCACCCGGACUUCUCCCCGCUCCAGGCCAACACGGGCGAGUGCGGGUGCAUGUGGGAGGUGGGCAGGGACUACCGCACCCGCCCAAUGAAGGAGUCUCUAGCGCGGGCGUGUGGGAUGAGCGUGCGGCUGUGGUAUUUCCCGUGUGAUGGGCGGGGCACAACCGGGGGGGCUGUGACUAAAAACGAGUCGUAUGCGUUUUCGCUGAGGUACACUGCGCGGUCGAUACUGCGGGGGAAGAUCCGGGCAAUGAUUGAGAGGAGCAAGGGUGGAAGGGGGAGAUGAUGGCAGGAGCAAGAGGAGUUGGGGAAGAAGAUCGGAAGGUGAAGGGAAAGCGGGGCGGAAUACAGGAAGAGCAAGGGGAGGAGGGGGCGGAAGAUAAGGCACCAGACCAGAGAAAGAAGGUUUUCACGAGUAUUUCAUUAGGGAUUUCCCGUAUGAAGUGGCAGGCACCUGUUGGUUUACGGUAGAAUGAAUUUGUAUAUUCCUUUGCCACGCAUGAGGAGAAGAAGCAAGCUUUGCCUCUCAAUCAGUCCCUUGUGUGUCAUGGACUCACGGCAUGGCGUGGCAUUUGUUUUAGCAGUGCAAGAGGCGCUGUAGACAGCCAGCCCAUGAUGUUGAGUAGCGAGAGAAAUGUUGACUGAGGGAAUGUCGAGAGAGAUACAAGAGUGGGGUUGUACCCCCUAAGAACUGACCUAACUAGGCUAUAACAAAUGUACAUGUAUUGU